AUCAUGUAACCAACGAUCCCACAUGCACAAUGUAAUAGACUAUGACCUCGGUAUUGAAACUCUUGUGAGUUUACCACUGAGCCAUGAGUAGGGAGUAGGGACCCUUCUAGUACUUAGGUUGAUUGUAAUCAACUUGUGGGUUAAUUACAAUCAACAUUGACUACAAUCAACAAGUUAAAUUUCCAGUUAUAAGUUUAUAUAUAUAUAUAAUGACCUCUUUGAUUUUGGCCCAUUCACUAUUGAACCCAUUGAAUAUAUGUGUGGAUCUCGUUGACUUAUGUCAUGUGUAUAUAACAAUGUGGAGGUGCAGUGAAUCCCGUGCCUCUAGAGGCACCGGAUCAACUCAAAUACAUGCACAUUUCCUACCUUAAAUUCCCAUGCUUGCUUCUAGAGCCUGUGUAUGCUUAUGGACUCAAAUAAUGAAAGAAACAGAUCUAGGAAUUGGGUUGUAUUGUGUAUAAGGUACCUUAUGAGGAUUUUCUUUUAUUAAUUCUAGUUUUGGCCUUCUCAGAAAUAGAACUUUGAUUUUUCCCGAAGUGCAGAAUUUGGAGUUUGAGAAAGCCUUAAAAGACUUUUUAUAAACAAAGGAACUUAAAAAAUAUCAACUUUUUCGUCAAUAUAUUUCAAAGGACAAAUUUAAUUAAUUUUUUGGUACUUAUUGCGUCAAAUGUUCCUUUCAGGUUCUACAAAGUGCAUCUGGUAUGUUCAGAAGUUUGAACUCUUUAGCAAUGCAAAUUAUGAAAAGAGGUGGUCUUCUCAUGACUUGCUCCUGUUCGGGAGCUAUGACCCAAAGCAGAAUGUUUCUACGUAUCCUUCAGAUAGCCAAGGUUCCACGGAUGGCCUACGUUCUAUGGAUAAGAAGAGAAGCUUGCAUUCAAUGGUCACACUAAUCACCGUUAUAGGGGGUUUUUGCUUGGGCCUAUUCAUCUAUUCUCUGUGGAGAGCAGUCAAGGAAAAAGACUAUUCAACAUCUAUGUUCGUAGCUUGCUUAACUCCAAGAUACAUACAUGUUGCAAGGUACCCAUAUGGAUUUGGCAACUGUGGUCCCUGAUCUUGAACCAGCAGAAAUAUUAUAUGUGGAAAAUAGUGAGAUAGGAUAUGAUGUCUCUUCUAUGGCAUAACUUCAAGGUUUGAUCGGUUUGUUGGACCUCUAUCUCUGAAAUAUUAACCCAAUGUUCACUUUCCAUUACAGCUGACAUGAAUGAAGUCAGGUUAAAGUUGUUUUAUGUGGCAGGUUUUGAUAGGAUAUGGUGCCACUGGCUACAAUUCCUGUGGUGAUAGAUAAAUCUAUUGUGGGCCCUUAAAUUAAUACUUUUGUGAUGCCGUUGUCAUUGCCAGGAUUCUAGGCACUUCCCUCAUUGUUCCAAUCUUAC